CCGGCGCCCACCUCCUUAUCAUCGCCCUCCCGGCCUGUCCUGAAUUACAGCCAAGCUCUGAUAUAAUGGGAGGACACUUAUAAAAGGUGCACAAUGACUUCCGGUGUGUGCUCCUCCCCACCACCCCCAGGGUCCUAGGUCCGGCCAUGUUAGGCUUUGUCUGCUGGCUGGAGGUGUUGUAGCUGGGGAUCAGUGUGAAGGAUCACCCCCAUCAACUGCCCAGGAGGAGGGCCAUCAGGUCUCUUCUGUGAUGUCUUCAGCAAAGGUGGAGCCUCUGGAGGAGGCCGAGGUGGCCAUUAAACAGGAGACCCCGGCCGAGGUGGCCAUUAAACAGGAGACCCCGGAUUAUGUGCAGAGUGGGCGCAGGUUCCGCUGCCUGAGCUGUCGCAAAACUUUCCCCAAUGAGCCAAGGGCCCAGCGGCACUGUGAGGCCCACAAGUCCGCCGAGGGCUCCGGCGCUGCAAAGCCAAAAAAGCAAGAGGCGAAGGGGGAGCAGCGGCAUCAGUGCAAGCACUGCGAUAAGUCCUACAAGAGCGCGUCCUUAUUGAGGAGCCAUGUCCGUAGCCACACGGGUGAAAAACCUUUUGUGUGUAAAGAGUGUGGCCGAUCCUUCAUGCAGCCCAUCUGCCUGCGAGUUCAUAUGGCCACCCACAGCGGGCAGCUACCAUUCCCUUGUAAGCAGUGCGGUAAAGCCUAUGCCACACCCUCCAAGCUGCGAAUCCACGAACGCCUUCACACCGGUGAGCGUCCGUUCUCCUGCCCCGAAUGCGGUAAAGGAUUUGCCGAUCCCUCUGUUUUUCGUAAGCAUAGGAGGAGCCAUGCUGGGCUCCGACCUUACCAGUGCCAACUGUGUCAGAAGUCCUACAGCGAACUGAAAGACCUGAAGAACCACGAACGCAGCCACACGGGAGAAAAACCGUUCUUGUGCUCAGACUGCGGGAAGGCGUUUUCGCGUGCCUCCUCUCUCACCUGUCACCAGCGAAUUCACGCGGCGGAGAAGCCGUACAAAUGUCCCAUCUGCAACAAAGACUUUACUCAACUGUCAUCCUACCAGAGCCACCAACGCACCCAUUCUGGUGAAAAGCCAUAUCUGUGCCCACAGUGCGGCCGCAUGUUUUCAGACCCGUCCAGUUUCCGGCGCCAUCAGCGGGCUCACCAAGGCGUCAAGCCGUACCGUUGCGACAAGUGCGGAAAGCCCUUCCGGCAGCCGGCGGAUUUGGCCAUGCACCAACGAAUCCACACCGGCGAGCGUCCCUUUCGUUGUCCGGACUGCGAUAAGACGUUUGUGGCGUCUUGGGAUCUGAAGCGUCAUCGUUUGUCCCACAGCGAUGAGCGUCCUUUCCAGUGCCCGGAGUGCGGGAAAGGGUUUGCAGAGCGCUCUGGGCUAAGCAAGCACCAACGUUCUCACAGCGGGGAACGGCCUUACAAGUGCGAUGAUUGCGGCAAGACCUUCAUCGUGUCUUCCAGCUUAAGGAAGCAUGAACGCACCCACAUUAAACCAGAUGGAGGCGAACCUAACAAGAAGAAGGAGGAAUCUACCACCUGUGAGAAGUGUGCCAUCACCUUCCAAAGCGUGAUGGACCUGAAGAACCAUCAGAAGAGCCACCCGGAACUGAGGCCCUUCCGUUGUGACCAUUGCGAGAAGGGCUUCCUGGACAAGGCCGGGCUAAAGAAACAUCAGCGCAUACAUAGCGACGUACGCCCCCACGUGUGCCAGCAGUGCGGCAAAGGCUUCCUAGUACCUUCCGACUUGCGCAAGCAUCAACGAACACACGCCAAAGAGGUGAAGGGGAAGGUGGAGGAGGAAGAAGAGGAGAUUACAACGUUGACGCUCCAUCCAGCUUCUGUAGAGUCUCAACCCUUGUUUGAUCCUCUGGUCUCUUUUCUGGAGAAAGUUGCUGAGGGAGACAUGGAGGUCAUUGAGUCUUCACCAUCAUCAAGCUGACUGGGGCCUUCCUCGUCCAUGAUGAUAAUCCCUUUCUCUACAGCAGUCUUGAAUUGAUUUGUCAUGAUCCUGAUCCUGAUGUUCUCAUUUCUCCGGAGGUUAUUUUUUUUUUAUUAAACGUUCAUUGAGCGACAAUGU